GUCAGACAGAAUAAAAUGAUUACCACUUAAAACAGAAACUAAAUUUUGAAAAGCACCACAAUGAUUUUCAAUCUCAAACAUUUCAAAUUAUCUCCAAUGUUAAUAAAGAUUUUGAGAUUUUAGAAAAAUUUAAUUCCCCAUAGUUGUCAAACAUAUUCUUUCAAUCUCAAAUGGCAUAUCUCUCUUACACGAUGAAAUAAAUCGAAAACUGCUCGGCGAAUCAGGAAAUAUAAAAUCCCAAGAAGCCAAUGUCCCAUAAUUUUUUGUGCCCCCUCCUAAACGGGUAAAAUGAACUCCGGCCCAAAUGUUACCCGCCUUUCUGUUCCGAAGAACAAGGGCAGUUAAGCGGAGAGGCUGCAGCAGAGCAAUCUAAGGAGAAGAAGAAGAAGAAGAAUAGUAAUGGGAGGCAUUGGUCGAUCUCGCACGCAGAGAAAACACUUCCGGCAGCUCAGAGAUGACGUCGGGAGACUCCAGGCACCGGAUUCCGACCUACCGCCGGAUACCGCUCCCUCUGUCAUUGAUGACGGUGACGGAGACGCCUCCACCAUUCGCGCUCCUCCUAGGAGCAAGGAAUAGUGCUGCCGGAAGAGUGGGAGACUUUCAUUGAGUAUCUACGGACUCCUCUUCCUGCUGCUUUCAGAAUCAAUUCCAGUAGCCAGUGCUAUACAGUGAUUAGAUUGAUGUUGGAGGAUGAUUUCAUGAACUCUCUUCUGGCAGAGAGUGCAGAUGGGAGUGAAGUAGAGGCAAUCAGACCCUUGCCUUGGUACCCGGACAACCUAGCUUGGCAUUCCAAUUUCUCUCGGAAACAGUUACGAAAGAACAAGACGCUUAAGAGGUUCCAUGAAUUCUUGAAACUGCAAAAUGAAAUUGGAAACAUUACAAGACAGGAAGCUGUUAGCAUGGUGCCUCCACUGUUCCUAGAUUUAUGUCCUGAUCAUUUUGUUAUCGAUAUGUGUGCUGCUCCCGGUUCCAAAACAUUUCAAUUGCUUGAGAUGAUAUCCCACAUGGCUGAACCUGGAUCAUUACCUAGUGGACUGGUAAUAGCAAAUGAUGUUGAUGUGCAAAGGUGCAACCUUCUUAUCCACCAAACAAAGAGAAUGUGCAAUGCCAACUUAAUUGUCACAAAUCAUAAAGCACAACAUUUUCCCAGCUGUCACGCACCUAAUAUUUGGAAUAAAUGGACUGGAGGAAUGGGCAAUGGUCUGCAUGGUCUACAAGUUCAGAUAGCAAUGCAAGGUAUUUCUUUGCUUAAAGUUGGUAGGCGAAUGGUUUAUUCAACCCGUUCAAUGAAUCCUGUUGAGAAUGAAGCUGUAGUUGCUGAGGUUAUGCAUAGGUGCGGACAGUCUGUUGAACUUCUUGAUGUCUCCAAUGAGCUUCCUCAUCUUAUUCGCCGCCCAGGUCUUAAGAGAUGGAAGGUCUUUGGCAAGCUUUUAUAAUGUUAAAGAUAAAGGGGUGUGGUUGACUUCUUACAAAGAUGUUCCGAAACAUUGAAGAGGUUCAAUUGUUUCUGGAAUGUUUCCUUCUAGGAAGACCCAUGUGGAUUCAUCUAUGGAUGAAGUGACCAGUACUG